AGCUGCAGUUUGAGCUUGUCAAAGGUCAAGAUGAUUCGGUAGUAUGGAGACCCAACCCUCGUGAUGAGUCAUGAGUCUGUCACAAGCAGCCCUGGCUGUGAUGCGGAUCAACCUGCUGGUGGUCUCGCUGGCAAGUGCCUACAACAUCCGCCUGUAUGCCGUGCAGAACUAUGGCCGUGUCAUCCAUGAGUUUGACCCAUGGUUCAACUACCGCGCAGCGGAGUAUUUGGCUGAGCAUGGCACUGAGCGCUUCUUCAAGUGGUUCGACCAUACCGUUUGGUAUCCCUUGGGACGGCCGGUGGGGACGACCAUUUAUCCCGGAAUGCAAUUUGCGGCCGUGUGGAUUUGGCGGAUCCUCGAGUUUCUGCAGCAGGAGAUGUCUUUGCACGACGUUUGCGUGUUCAUCCCUGCCUGGUUUGGUGUCGCCUCGACCGUCUUCGUGGGGCUUUGGACCUUCGAAUGUACCCGCUGUGUGGAUUCAGCGGUGUGCGCCAUGCUGGUGGUGUCCAUUCUACCGGCACACUUGAUGCGCUCGGUGGCAGGUGGCUUUGACAACGAAUGCAUGGCCAUCACCUUCAUGAAUGCGACCUUCUACUUCUGGUGCCGUUCUUUGCGGAACGAUAACUCCUGGCCCUGGGCAUUGCUGGCAGGUUUCUCCUAUUUCUGUAUGGUGGCCACUUGGGGAGGCUAUGUCUAUGUUGUGAACAUCAUCGCCUGUCAUGCAGCUUGCUUGAUGUUGCGGCGACACUCUAGCCGGAUCCAUCGUUCCUACAGCCUUUUCUUCCUGCUGGGCACGCUCCUAGCUGUCCAAGUGCCCGUCGUGGGAUGGACACCUUUGAGGAGCCUGGAGCAAGUGGCACCGUUGCUGCAGUUCGUGGCCGUGCAGAUCUUUGAGGUCCUGUCCACUUGGCAACAGCGUCUACCCGCGAAGGAGUUCCAAUUGUUGCGCUUCAGAGUUUUCGCCGUUUGCGGGGCUGUGGCAGCAUUGCUGGGAGCUAUGCUGUUCCAACUGGGUUACUUUGCACCCCUCUCCAGUCGAGUGCGAGGUCUCUUUGUGAAACACCGUACUGGCAAUCCAUUAGUGGACUCUGUGGCUGAACACCAAGCAACUAGUCCACGAGCAUACUGGCAGUUCUUUCAUCACAUGUGCACCAUGGCGCCGCUGGGUUUUCUGAUUUCACUCUUCGAGAUGAGCGAAGCCAGGAACUUCUUGUUGCUCUAUGCUGGCAUCACCUACUAUUUUUCCUCCAAGAUGAACCGUCUUUUGCUCCUCUUGGGCCCCACCGCCGCAGCUCUUGGCGGCAUUGCCUUGGCCAAGACGCUGCGCUGGGCGCUCCAUCAACUCACACAGCCAGAGGAGGCACCGGUGCCGGCCACGCAGAACGAGGAAAAGCCGAAGCACAAAGGACACAAGGAACUGCAAAAGGCCAAAGCCGAGGGUUUGACAGUCGUUCUGAAGGAGAUCUACGACGAGUUCAAAGGCCCCUUGUGGGAGGCAUACCACGAAGCCAGGUGGCAGAGGAAGGCUUCAGCAGUUCUGAUGCUUUUGACCUUCAUGAUUUGCGGCAUGGAGUUCAUGAACUACUGCUGGGCCGUGGCCGAGCGCCUAUCUCAGGCCUCAAUCAUCGUCAAGCGCCGCAACAAAGAGGGACAGGAGAUCCUCAUGGACGACUACCGGGAGUCAUAUUGGUGGCUCCGGGAUCACACGCCUGAAGACACCCGCAUCAUGGCCUGGUGGGACUAUGGCUAUCAGAUCAAUGGCCUCACCAAUCGGACCACGCUGGCCGAUGGCAAUACCUGGAACCACGAGCAUAUUGCCCUGAUCGGUCGAUGCUUGACGGGCCCCGAACGGCAAGCACACGAGGUGAUCCGACACCUGGCAGACUACGUGCUCAUUUGGGCGGGUGACUAUGGGGAUGACAUUGCCAAGAGUUCCCACAUGGCUCGCAUCGCGGCCUCCGUGUACGAGGACGUUUGUCCAGGUGACCCUCUGUGUGUGCGCAGGCUUUGGCCACUGAUCAUUGCCCCUAAUGUGAUAGCAAAAGGGAUGAUCAUGGGAGGCAGCAAGUUCCACCGGAACCGCCAGACGGGGGAGCCCUCGGAGAUGAUGAGCCGGUCUUUGUUGUGGAAGCUCUAUGCACAUGACCCGAUGGGCGAGGUUCAAACGGACGGCGCCCUUUUCGAAGAGGCCUAUACCUCGCAAUAUGGGCUGGUCCGGAUCUUUAAGGUGCUGAAUAUUUCGGACGAGUCCAAGGCAUGGGCUGCCGAUCCCAACAACUGGAAGUGCGAUGCUCCUGGGAGUUGGCACUGUCAGGGCCAAUACCCGCCAGCUUUGAGCAAAGUCUUGGAGAAGCAGAAAGCAUUCCAACAACUUGAAGACUUCAACCAGCAGAAAGAUGAGAAGGCAGAGGAGUACCACAAGGCUUACAUGCAGAAGGUCAAGGAGCGCUCUCUGUGAAGACAAAAAUGCGGCCGAGAGGGGCUCAAGGUGACAGGACAUUUCGCGGGAACAUGGGCGAGUAAGUUCUUAUUCUUAUAUAUUUAUGACAUAAUGUGGCCCAGCAUUCAUGGUGACAUGGAGGGGCUGCUGUGGG